CUCACCCUCCGCGGGAAUGUGUCUGAUCUGAGAGCGCGUGCGUGCGUGGCACAGCGGAGAGUCAGCGGUGCUCUGUGAAAGUCAUGGCCGCUCAGUGUGAACCCUUAAGCGGAUACUUACAGCAGUCUGAUCCGGGCUCCAACAGCGAGCGCAGCACUGAUUCCCCUCUGCCCGUGUCUGAGGAUGACUCCAUCGGACCCACAGCGCCUCCGGACCCCGAGUGGACCGAGGAGAGGUUUCGAGUGGACCGCAAGAAACUGGAGAUCAUGCUAUUAGCUGCCACGGAGGGGCGAGUGAACGGAGGUGAGGAUUUCUUUCAGAAGGUCAUGGAGGAAACAAACACUCAGAUUGCAUGGCCUUCCAAACUUAAGAUCGGUGCAAAGUCAAAGAAAGAUCCACACAUCAAAGUAAGUGGUAAGAGGGACAAUGUAAAGGAAGCCAAGGAGAAGAUUAUGUCUGUCCUGGACACAAAGAGUAACCGUGUGACUCUAAAGAUGGACGUCUCACACACGGAGCAUUCACAUGUCAUCGGCAAAGGUGGAAACAACAUCAAGAAGGUGAUGGAGGACACAGGCUGUCACAUCCACUUCCCCGACUCCAACCGUAAUAACCAGGCUGAGAAGAGCAACCAGGUGUCCAUAGCGGGUCAGCCAGGAGGGGUGGAGGCUGCCAGAUCCAGAAUUCGGGAGUUACUCCCACUUGUGUUGAUGUUUGAGCUGCCGGUCAUAGUACAGUUAAACCCUGACCCCAGCUCUCCUGCCAUCCAGCACAUCUCCCAGACAUACAACCUCUCCGUGGCCUUCAAACAGAGGUCCAGACUCUACGGAGCGACAGGAGUUGUGCGGGGCUCACAGAAUAAUGCUGCAGCUGUAAAGAGGGGCACGGCCGUAUUACUGGAGCACCUUGCAGGCAACCUGGCCAGUGCCAUCACGGUGAGCACGCAGCUGGACAUUGCACCCCAGCACCACCUCUUCAUGAUGGGCCGCAAUGGCAGCAACAUCAAGCACAUCAUGCAGCGCACAGGCGCUCAGGUCCACUUCCCAGACCCCAACUGCCCGCAGAAGAAAUCCACCGUCUACGUGCAGGGAAAUAUUGACUCUGUGUGCCUUGCCCGCCAGUACCUGAUGGGCUGUCUACCGCUGGUUCUGAUGUUUGAUAUCAAAGAUGACAUUGAGGUGGAGCCGCAGUGCAUCUCUGCUCUGAUGGAACAGCUUGAUGUGUUCAUUAGCAUCAAACCAAAACCCAAACAACCUAGCAAGUCAGUGAUAGUGAAGAGUGUGGAGAGGAACACUUUGAACAUGUAUGAGGCCAGGCGUUAUCUGCUGGGUUUGGAGAGCAGUGGUGUAUCAGCCUCCACCAGCAUCACCAGCAGCAGCUCCAGUAGCCCUCCGUCCGCUCCUGCCGCUGCUCUCAGCUGCCCGGUUGGGCUAGACAUACUGGCUUCUGCCGGCCUCGGCCUCACAAGCCUGGGUCUUCUGGGACCUACAACAGCCAUGACUGGACCCUCAUCCAACUCCCUCCUGAAUGCGCUUAACAGCUCCAUCAGCCCCUUACAGACACCCACCUCUGGAACACCCAGCCCCACUCUCUGGUCCAACUCACUGGCCAGCCAGCCCAGCACUCCAGGUUUCUCAUCGCCCCUAAUGAUCCAUCCAGCCACCCAGGCCACUUUAACCAGCAUCUUGCUGUCAGGAGUGCCAGGCUACACCCAGAACACCCCUUCCCCUCCACCCGGUCUCGCCCUUAUAGACACCCAAGUCAAUGGAGUAUCAGACUGCAGUAAGGCCGUGUCCCCCCUCAGUAGCAAACAGCCCAACUGCAUGUACAGCAGAAUGUCUGCAACGUCUCUGGCUGAUAAAGUUAUGACAGCAGCUCAUGCUGACUCUGUGCAGGAAGCCAGCUCUCACUGCCCUUCGGAACCGCUGUCCAGCAAGUCAAGCCAAGACCAAGGCUCGGAUACGUUUGUGGAGGUGGGCAUGCCACGUAGCCCCUCUCACUCGGGGAACAGUAAUGAACUGAAGCAGAUGUUGGCGUCUUGUAAAACGACCUCAGGAAAGAGACAAGCUCUGGAGCUGUUACAGGGCACCAAGAACUCUCUCCUACAUUCAGACUGUCUGCUGUCGGACUCUGACUCCAGUGCCUCUGAGAGUCCAGUUGCUGAUAAGCGCGCUCCAGGCAGCGAGAGAGCAGCAGAACGUGCCGCUCAGCAGAACUCAGAGAGAAUCCGCCUGCCGCCCCAAUCCUCCUUCUCCAACAUGCAGGCGUUUGACUAUGAGCAAAAGAAGUUAUUGGCGACCAAAGCCAUGUUAAAGAAGCCAGUGGUGACAGAGGUCCGCACCCCCACUAACACAUGGAGUGGUCUGGGCUUCUCUAAGUCCAUGCCUGCAGAAACCAUUAAGGAGCUGCGCAGGGCGAAUCACGUGUCCUACAAACCCACCAUGUCUACUACAUAUGAGGGUUCACCUCUAGCCUUGUCCCGGUCAAACAGUAGAGAAGGGGUGGCGAGUGGCAGUGACUCAGAAAACUGGAGAGAGAGGAAUGGGAGCGGGCUCCCAGCACACAGUGACUUCCCUUCUCCCAUAAGCCCCAAGAGGAAACAGAACAAAACAGACCACUACCUAAGCAGUAGCAACUACAUGGACUGCAUCUCUUCAGUGACGGGAACUAAUGGCUGUAAUCUGAACAUGUCGCUCAAAGGAUCAGACCUGCCUGAGCUCUUCAGUAAACUCGGCCUUGGAAAGUAUACCGAUGUCUUCCAGCAACAGGAGAUUGAUCUCCAGACGUUCCUUACACUGACCGAUCAGGAUCUGAAAGAGCUGGGCAUCACCACAUUCGGAGCUCGCAGGAAAAUGCUGCUGGCCAUCUCAGAGCUGAACAAGAACCGGAGAAAGCUCUUCGAGGCCCCAAACAUCCGCUCCUCAUUUCUGGAAGGGGGCGCCAGCGGUCGACUGCCACGCCAGUUCCACACAGACACUGCCAGUGUGAGCGGGCGCUGGUAAGCCCAUGCCAAUGCAACGGACACCCAAAACUGCACAAAUUCACAUUCCCAACUCCAACCUGACUUACAGUACUGGACCAAAAAAACAGAUCUUCUGAAACUGUGCCAAAUAAAUAACGUCCAUGGAAACAGAGGGCAAGGGUCAAAGAACUGUGUUCAUGUUGAAUAUUACAUGUGGUAUGGUACAUUAUGCAAUAUGGUACUCGUGUUAAAAUGACGGAAAUGUUGUGAAGGACACUCAAGCUUCUGAACUGUGCUUGUAUAUGGAGCAGGCAGAGUUUUAUUUAUAUGCUUGUCUUAGGCUUUGUCGUACUAAUUCUUUGCACUUUAUGAAUACUAAAUACUUUGUUUAUGGAGAGAUGUUUGUCUGAUCCGCUGACUAGAUGCGCUUGGAUCUUACUUUAAGCACUUCACUUCAAUGGAUAUCAAGCCAAACUCAAGUGUUCUGCUCAAAUUGUGCUGAAGGAAAACAGGCUAAAAAAGGGAAAUAUCCAAAAGGGAAUCUUAUCUUAAGUCACUGCUACACUGCAGUGACAUCUUCAAUCUGUUGCUUUUGUUUAUGAAGCUUAGUCGGGGUAAACGGCAAACUAAAUUUGAUGCGAAUGAAUACGAGGCUGUGAAGGAUAGAAGUACAGUCCAUAUAAUGUGUUGUUUUGUUUUAAAGUCCUCCACUGCAAAAAAAAAAAAAUAUAAAAUAAUUCACUUUCUUAGUAUUUUUGUCUCGUUUUCCAAUUAAAAUAUUGAAACAUCCUUAAAACAAGAUAAAUUUGCUUAAAGGAAUAUUCCGGGUUCUAUACAAGUUAAGCUCAAUUGACAGCAUUUGUGGCAUAAUUUUGAAUACCACUAAAAUUAUUUAGAUUUGUCCCUCCUUUUGUUUAUAAAUAGCAAAAAUGAAGGUUACAGUGAGGCACUUCAAUGGAAGUGAAUGGGGCCAAUUUUUGGAGGCUUAGAAUUUUAUAAAAGCAUUUACAUUGCAUUAAAUUAAACAUUUUCUGUUACAACUCAUGUAUUAUUUGAGUUGUAAAGUUUAAAUCAUAAUUUUUACAGUCAUUUUAGGGUUUUAGGGUUUGUUGACAUCACUUUGUUAUGGCAACGAAGUUGUUAAAAUUGGCCAUAACUUUACACAGACAAAGUUAGUAAUGAUUUUUAUCACACUAAAAUCAUGUUAACACGCAUAUUGAUUACGUCUUGUGGCUAUACUUUUGAAACAGUGAGUAUUUUAAUGUUUAAGGAUUGGCCCCCAUUCACUUACAUCGUAAGUGCCUCACUGUAACCUAGAUUUUUUAUUUAUUUUAUUUUUUUUAAAGGAGGGCCAAAAUUAAGUCAAUAUACAUUUUUGUGGUAAUCAAUAUAAUUAAUAUUAUUAUUAUAAAUUGUAUUGAACGCAGAAUAUUUCUUAAAGAAGCAAAAUUUUGUAAGAAAAUAAUACUUGUUUUCAGAGAAUACAUCUUGAAUUAAGUUUAUUUUCAUUGCCUCAUUGUUAUUUCUUGUUUUAAGCAUACACCUAACAACAUUUAGUUAGAUUUAUGCUUAGACAAGAAAAAAAAAAAUCAAGAUAUACUCUGAACAUUUUUGGAUAUUUUUACUGGAAAACAAGACUAAAAUACUGAUUAAGACCAUUACAUUUUCUGAACCAAAGAUUUCUGUCCACUGGAAAUUUUUACAAUCCAUUGAACAGACUGUAUGUCUAUCCCUCACAGCCUUGUUUUCAUUGACCUAAAAUUAUAUAUGGUGUCUGCCCUGACUAAGGUCCAUUGUACAUUGUCAGUGUUCCUCUUACAGAUUAUGUUUGAACCUAUGCUUGACUCUUAACUGUUUGUUUUUGAGCGAUUCAGCCUGUCAGUAGUAGUUCUCAAUAGCAACUCAGUAUUAUCCACUGACAGAAGUGCAAAUUACAACAGAUCUGUUUCAACCACUUUCCUCAAUGCCACAGACCACAAGCUCUAAAAACACAACCUCAUUUACUACACUCUCCAACUGAGCGCUGUGUGAAACCUUGGAAUACUUCUCAGAACGUGAUCAUGGCUUAAUCUACUGCUUUUCUCCCAACUACCUUCCCAUUUUCAUCUGCCUUCCCUGUUGCUGGUUUUAGAAGAGGUUUGGGGCAUUUGUCAGGAUGGGAGACCAACUGGCAACCCAGUUAAAUCAUCUGAACACCAUCGUGGCCAGGCUGGGAGACCCAUCUUAAACCUAAGACUAGGAAAUCAGUUUAGGCUGAUUUAACAUGUUUAAGAUUUUCAGCAGAGUUUCGCCAUGUGCUCCGGCAGACGACCAAAGUUUUCGUAUGUUUCUAGAGUUUAAGAGUUGUAGAAGUUCUAGAUGUUCUAUGCUGUCUAAAGCAGUUUUUACGUUUGUUUUUACAAAAUCCUAUUGUGCUUACUUCUUUAUCUUCGAUUAUGUUUCCAAAUUAUCCUUGAUAAUGUUUCCAAAGCAAGUAUUUCAGUUCUAACUGAAUAUUUCUAAAGCUGUGAAUGUUGCCAAGUGUACUCUGAAGGAUUGUAACCACCAAGUGCCUUGUGUUUUGCACUGACAACUUUUCCAAAGUAAUCAAGGACUAUCGAUAUUGCAAGCCCUUCUGACAUUUAAACAUGUGCCAGAUAUGAAUUAUAGAUAUCUACAAUAAAAUUUUCUCUUGUUGAAAUGCUAAUUGUUUAAAGCAGCAAAUAUAUUACUACUAGUAAAAAUAGGUUUGCAAACAUGAAUUAUUGAUAUGAAAAAAUACAAGGAUUGAAAGGAUGUUGGGCAUUUCACCCUCUGCAAUGCACAGUAUAGUUAAAAGAUUCAAGGAAUCUGGUCAAAUCUCGGUGGGUAAAUGGCAAGACGAAAACCACUUCUGAAUGCGUGUGAUCUCUGAUCCCUCAGACGUCACUGUCUGAAAAAAACAUAAUUCAUCUGUAAUGGAUAUCAUGAACAUGGGCUUGGGAUUGCUUUAGUAAACAUUUGUUAGUCAACACCACUCGCAGCUGCAUCCACAGAUGCAAGUUAAGACUUUACUAUGCAAAGCAGAAGCCCAACAUCAACACUGUCCAGAAGUGCUACCGACUUCUCUGGGCUCGGUCUCAUUUUAGAUGGAAAGUAGAACCGUGGAACCAUGUUUUUUGGUCCGAUGAGUCCACAUUUCAAGUAGUUUUUGAAAAACACAGCCGUCGUGUUCUCUGGGCCAAAGAGGAAAAGGACCAUCCAAACUAUUAUCAGCAUCAGGUCCAAAAGCCAGUGUCUGUAUGGGCCAGGUGUCAGUGCCUAUGGCAUGGGUAACUCGCACAUCUGUGAGGGCACCAUUAACUUCAAACCACAUACUGGCUGAAUAAGCAGAGAGUGCGGGAGCUAGAUUGGCCUGCCUGCAGUCCUGACCAUCUCCAAUUGAGAACGCGUGGUGCAUUAUGAAGCGCACAAUAUGGCAACGAAGACCCCAUACAAUUGUGUAGCUGAAGACCUGCAUAAUGGAUGAAUGGGGGAAAAUUCCACUUUUUAAACUUAACAAACUUGUGUCUUCAGUUCCUAAAUGCUUAAUAAGUGUUAUUAGAAGACAUGGUGAUGUUUCACAGUGGCAAACACUCAACUGUCCCAAAUUUUUUGGAGUGUGUUGCAAUCAUCUGAUUUUAAAUUACUGCACAUUUUAAAAAAACAAUGAAAUUCACAAGGUAAAAACAUUAUAUAAUGUGUAGUUGUAGUGCUUUCAAUAUAGAAAAGGGUGAAUUUAAUUUACAAAUCACUCCUUUUUGCAUUUUUCAUACUGUCCCAAAUUUUUCGGAAUUGGGGUUGUACAUCAUCACCCACAGAAUUACCCAUACUUGAUAUCAAAAAUGUAAUUUCAACUAGUAAAAGCAGUAAUUUUUUUUUUAUUAGUUAAUUACAAAUACACGUAUCAGCUAUGCACUUCUUACUUAUUAUUCAAUUUUUACUGGUAAUUACAUUUGUUACUAGUGCAAAUUCCAUUUUGACAUCAAGUAAUUCCAAGAGUAAUUACUGAUAUUAAAAAUAACAUUUCCACUAGAAGAAAUUCCAUUGCUGAUAUCAAGAAUUAGCAUUUUAACUAGUGAAAAUUUUAUUGUAGAUAUCUAUAAUUCAUAUCCUGCACAUGAUUAAAUGUCAAAAGGAUUUCCGAUACUAUAGAUCUCUCGAAGGUACAAAUAUUUUACUAGGAAGUACCACUUACAGAGUAAUUUGCAGUGCAUUGCUUUAUCUUUACAUGUAUGGUAUAUAUUUAGUACUUUAACUCCUGAGUAUGUCGAAUAUGUACCAUAUGAUAGAGGUACUAUUUAAAUUUGUAAUGUGCGUAUUGUCUUAUUAUGAUUUGUUUAUAGCCUUAUUUUUUAGUAGUUUGCUUUGAUAAUUUUCAGACAGUAGCAAUCAAUCAAUCUCUGUAACUUUUUUUUUUUUUUUCAGUCAAAUUGAGAUGGACAAAUGAGUGAAACCAUAGCUCUCAGUGUUACCUAAAAUAGUAAUAAUAAAAUGUAUCAUACUAUGCUUAGAAUCACUUUGCCAUUUUAGGUUUAAAGGUUUCAGUUUAAGCACAUACAUUUUCUUUUCUUUUUUUUUUUUUUUUUGCUGUUUAUUGGUCAAUCUUUAUUUUUAAGUAAAUACAUUUUAUAGGCUGUUUUCAGUAUAUUCUUGAUAUAUCAUAGUGCCUUUGUAUGCAUAAAAUGCUAUUUUAGUGAGAUACCAACUGUAAUUAAUUUGUAGAAUUGUUUUGUUCUCUUCGUAAAAGGGGAAAAUAGGGUGGAAAAUGUCUUAAUAUUCUGACAUGGCCUUCUGACCAGGGCCAGUACAUUUUUGAGUAUUUUGGCCAAAGUCAAAUGCAUAACCUCUGUAUUAUGAGGUUACAUGCAUAACGUGCACAAAUGUACAGUAGUGAUUGUGAAACAAAAAGGGAAAUGUAAAAGCACAUUAACCAGUAUAGUUCUACCAAAUGUUAUGUAGUUACUAUCUUGUACACCAGUUAGUUGGCCAGUGCCUUGGGAAUGACUUUUGAGAUCUGUGAGUUUGGCACAGAUUUUAUAAAUACUCCAUUGUAAUGUUCUUUGAUGUUAGAUCAUACAUUUGCAUAAUUGCCAUAAAAGUGGUAUAGCUGAAUGUUCUUUAUAAGUUGGAGCUGUUGUUACAAGAGAUUAAAGCAUAUGUAAACCUUUGCCA